UUGUACUGCCUUCUCUUUUCAGUUCUCACAUCUCACUUUUCCAAUAGCAAAGCAAAGACACCCAGUUAAGCCCUAAGUCGGAAAAAGAGGAAAUCGAGGCCUUUCAGUCAUGAGUCGCGGCAGUGGAGGUGGCUACGAUCGUCAUAUCACCAUUUUCUCACCCGAGGGUCGUCUCUUUCAAGUGGAAUAUGCUUUUAAGGCUGUAAAGGCUGCGGGGAUCACCUCAAUAGGUGUCUGUGGAAAGGAUUCAGUUUGUGUUGUUACUCAGAAGAAGGUCCCUGACAAGCUUUUGGAUCAGACAAGUGUGACACAUCUUUUCCCUAUUACGAAGUUCCUUGGCUUACUUGCAACUGGCAUGACAGCUGAUGCAAAAACAUUGGUGUCACAAGCAAGAAAUGAAGCAGCUGAGUUUCGCUUCAGAUAUGGAUAUGAAAUGCCUGUAGAUGUAUUGGCCAAAUGGAUUGCAGACAAAUCGCAAGUGUAUACUCAACAUGCUUACAUGAGACCACUUGGAGUAGUUGCAAUGGUUUUGGGUAUUGAUGAUGAGUUUGGACCUCGAUUGUACAAAUGUGACCCAGCUGGUCAUUUCUUUGGUCACAAGGCCACAAGUGCUGGAUUGAAAGAACAAGAGGCUAUCAACUUUUUGGAGAAAAAAAUGAAGAAUGAUCCCGCGUUUACCUAUGAGGAGACCGUACAGACUGCAAUUUCUGCCCUGCAAUCAGUUCUUCAGGAGGAUUUUAAGGCCACUGAGAUUGAGGUGGGAGUUGUGAAGCAGGAGAACCCGGUGUUUAGAGUGUUGUCCACAGAGGAAAUUGACGAGCACCUGACAGCUAUAAGCGAGCGUGAUUGAGUCCUCACAUAGCUGAUUCUCUUUUGAGGAAAAGUUGGAUUUGAAGCAAUGCUUGCAUACCUUUUUUUUUUUCCAUUUAAAAUCUUAGAUUGACUUUAUGUUUGAGAAAUCAUUUACAAUCCCCCAAUGAAUUAUUGAAAGUUAUUUGCUGGGAUAA